AUGAACUAUAGAGUGAAAGUAUACACAAUCGACACACCCUAUUCACCUUUUAAAGACCCACAUACAACUCUAGCAAGUCCUAACGCUCGACAAAUAGGUGGAGCUUUAGAAUCGCCAUACGUGAUCAACGCUAUCAAAGUUAGUAGAUUACUUGGUAAAGAAGUCUUAGUCUCAGCAUCCGAAAAUGGUGAAGUCUGUAUUUGGCGUACCGAGCACUUGGACGAAGCUCCCAUGGUUUUAAAUAACGAAAUAGCUACUUGGGGUAUAGCCAUUCAUGCAGAUCAAGGAUUAGUAGCGGUUUCUGCAAAUAAUAAGAUCAUCACCAUUUAUAAUAUAUUGGAAAUGACAAGAGACAAUCCGAUUUACGGUGGAUCCGACAACACUGGCAAUUUAUUGGGCAAAGAAUUAAAAAUCGAAUUAGUAGGCCAUGAGCAUAAUAUUCCCAAUAUCGAUUUCAGUGAAACAGGCAAGUAUCUUGCAAGUGCGUCUAUUGAUCAGACAUGUAGAGUAUGGGACAUUACCACAAGAAAAGUCGUAACACAAAAGAAAACCCCUUCUGUUGCCCACGCAGACGAAUAUGAUCAAUGGUAA